UACCCUAUAAAAGUGCACUUAAAUAGGGGGGAACCGAGUCAUUUGGGAUUCAGCUUGUGGUCCAUAGACGUGCCAAAAAAAAAAAACCAAAAAAAAAACCUGCAGAAAAUCCUGCCAUCCUCUUCAUACACCAGUGGACCGGAAGUCUUUAUGCAGCUGGUCAUUGCAUACAUUCAAAACAAAAGAGAUUAAAGGCAAGAGGAAGAAGAGAGGCAACAACAACAACAAAAAAACAAACAAACAAACAAGCAAACAUUUGUAGCAGCUUUUAAUCGGAUGAAACAAAAACAGAUGAUGGAGCAUCAAAGGAAUGAGGAGUCGUGGGAUGGAAAUGAAGAGCAGUCCGGAAAAUCCUGCCUUUCUUCUUAUGGAGGUUGAAAAAGGCGAACUGGCAUUUUGAAACGAGAUGGAUGUAACAGCAGUGAGAUGGAUUUAACAGGAAUGAGAUAAAGAUCUGUUUCACUUUCUUUUCCAUAGAUUCCAUGAAGCGCAUUUACGCAGCAAACAUGUCCGUGGAUCCAUAGUCUUUAUAGGCAUAAUACAUAAGGUGCGAAAUAACUCGUACCCUGUGUACGCAAGUGAAAACAAGUUUUAUAUCACCACUGUAUAUCACCAAUGUACAGUAAUGAAAUAACUCAAACUCAAUUCCUUACUUGAACUGAACACGCUUUAUUAUUAUUAUUAUUAUUAUUAUUAUUAUUAUUAUUAUUAUUAUUAUUUCAAGUCUGAGUCUUUCAGCACCAUAGACAGCAGCAAUGACUCGCCUGCGCAGGAAGUUCUGCGUGGCCCUCUUCCUCUUUGCUCUUUUCAUCUUCGGCACCAUGAUGGGUUUACGGACCCUCAAGCCCACUGAUGGAUUCUCAGAUCUUGCACCAGGGAUGGAGCUCGUACCCUUCGUGGGUGGGAAACUGGACCGGCGGCCUGCGCCUAACCAUGUGGACGUAAGCGAUACCAAGAUCGUCUUGUCCAAAGCUGGGCACGAGCACAGCAUUUUCUAUGAUGUUCACAUCUUCUAUUAUUUGUGGUAUGGUGCACCGCCUGGGGACCGUGGUUACAUCCAUUGGGACCAUGUCCUUGUUCCUCACUGGGACCCCAAAAUAGCUGCCAGUCACCCCAAAGGAAGGCACAAUCCACCAGAGGACAUCGCAUCGAGUUUCUACCCUGAGCUGGGACCCUACAGCUCGAGGGAUCCCAAUGUACUGGAGUCACACAUGGCGCAAAUCGAAGCAGCUGCUGCAGGUGUAGUCGUUCUCUCUUGGUACCCGCCUGGUGUGGCAGAUGAACACGGAGAACCCACUGAGGAUCUGGUGCCUUCCGUAAUGGACGCUGCCCAUAGGCACAGUCUCAAGGUGGCGUUUCACAUCCAGCCUUACCGAGAGCGGACAGACCUCAGCGUGCAUGACAACAUCAAAUACAUCAUCGACAAAUAUGGAAAUCAUCAUGCUUUCUACAGAUUCAAGUCCAGCACAGGGCGAAUCCUCCCCUUGUUCUAUGUGUAUGACUCGUACCUGACCCCGUCUGAAUCCUGGGCGGAGUUACUUACCAAGCAAGGCUCCCACAGCCUGAGAGGAACGCCUUACGAUGGUAUCUUCAUCGGCCUUGUUGUGGAAGAACGUCACAAGCACGACAUCCUGGCAGGCGGCUUCGAUGGCAUGUACACCUAUUUUGCGUCCAACGGCUUUUCAUAUGGCUCCUCUCAUCAGAACUGGAAGUCCAUCAAAGAUUUCUGCGAUGGAAACAACCUGCUUUUCCUGCCCAGCGCUGGGCCCGGUUACAUAGACACAGCUGUUCGGCCGUGGAACAACCACAACACGCGGAACCGAGUCAACGGACGCUAUUAUGAGACCUCGUUGCAGGCAGCGCUGUCGGUGAGGCCGGACAUCAUUACAAUCACUUCAUUUAACGAGUGGCACGAAGGGACACAGAUCGAAAGAGCCGUACCCAAGAAGACCGCUACUCGUCUGUAUUUGGACUACAAGCCUCAUGAGCCUGAUCUAUACCUGGAGCUCACCAAGAAGUGGGCUGAACAAUUUAGUAAGGAGAAAGAGCAGUGGCUAUUGUGAUUGGAACAAACCGAUGAACGAUGAACGAUUCGAUUUUGUCAUGUUUAGCACAAACCCUAUAAACCUACUGUUUCGUUUUGUAUUCAGCAUGGUUUGAUGAACAAGGUUUAUUGUUCCCUCUGACCUCUGUCUGAACAUUGAUGAGAUUUACUAGGGCUAACGUUACUAGGGCACUCUUCUUAUUUUAUAGGCUGUCUCUAUAUAACUUUUAUUAGGAGCUCUGAUUUAAAACGUGUUUUACUCUGCUGGUAGAGUGUGAGCUCAUCUUUCCUUGUAACCUUAAUGUGCUGAUAGUGAGGGACUCAACUGUUUCAUAAAUAAAGACUGAAAACCAACACCUA